CAUAAGCUCUUCAUAAAAGCUAUUCUGAAAUCGUUUGAAGCUACAUACUCCGUGAACGAACUUUCAGCAUGUACAAGAAAAGCCCAGUUUCUUGUGAAUAUCGACGGCUCCUUCACCACCACCACUUGUACGGCGAAUGGUGCUGAUCCGAGGGACCGCUGCAAUGGUUGCUGCCAAUCUCGAGCUCUCGCUGCUGGACUCACAACUAUUGCUGCUACCGGAUUUCCGUCGACAAAUGGUGUUGAUUGCAUCUGCUGCACAAACAAUCCGUGCCGCUAA